AAAGAGAAAAGUUGAUGAUGAUGAGCUGAUUGAUGACAAUGUAGUGAAUUUGAGUGAUGAUGAUGAGGUUAAAGAAGAUAAGCUAUGUGUUAGAGUGGGACAUGUUAAGUUUAUGAAGUUUAUAGGUAGCUUAACCCCACAACAAAAACAAGUAGUGAAAGAAAUGGGAUUUGGGGCAUUUCUUUCUGUGAAUUUGCCAGAAAAUGUUGCAGUGUUUUGUGCUUGGUUGUUGAAACAUUUUGAAGAAAACAGCAGCAUCUAAUACUUGCCAUUUAACAAAUCAGUGGAGAUCAAUGAACAAGAUGUUCAGAUAGUAUAUGGAGUACCUAGAGGUAAAAAAAUUGUUUCUGAAAAAGAGCCAAACAAGGCAGAGGAAGAAGAUGAAGAUUUGGAGAUUGUGACACCUUUGAUGAGGUGGAGGGAAAUGUGGGGGUGUAAAACUGGUAGCCCUAGAACACAAUGGAUUUUUGAGAAGUAUGAAAGUGAGGAAGAAAAGAAGAUCAAGAGAGAUCAACAAGAUUUGCAUAAGAGGAAAUAUAUCACAGCAGCCAUAGAUUCAAAAGAGAAGAACACAGGAGAAGUAGCUGAAAUGUUCAAAAUAGAUUUCCUUGUGCUCGCUGUAAACUCAAUGAUGAAAACAAGCCAAAACCUUUACUGCCACUACAAAUUCCUACACUCAAUUCAAGAUUGUGAUGAAAUAAAGGAAUUGAAUUGGUGCAAGUAUGUGCUACAAAGUCUGAUUUCCACAGUACCUGAGUGGAAACAAAACACCAAGGGUUUUUUUAAGGGACCACUGCCUUUCUUGUUGUUAUUGUAUUGUGAUCGAGUGCAAAAAAGAGGUAUCGAGCAACCAAGGACAUACCCAAUCAUUUCAGCUCGGAAUAGAGAUAUGAUUCAAGAAAGAAUAAAAUUGGAAGGAAAGUCUCAAUUUGGAUUGGGAAGUGUGUUAGAAAGAAUACAAAUAUCUGGACAACAACAACAAUAAAAAGUUCAACAACAAGAAAGCGAUGAUUUGCCAAUAUCUGAGAAUCUGCCAACCAAGGAGGAAGUUAUGGAUGAUUUGAUGGAUAUUGUAAAGACUUUGGGAAGUUGUGUAUCAAAAAUGACUGAGAAGUUGAAGCUAGGAAAAAACCUGUUCCCUAACAACAUGAUAAUCAAAAGUGUUGAAAGUCUUAUUGGAAAAAGAAAGAAUGAUUAUUCCAAUUUGAGUGAAGAUGAGGCUUUCUUUGGAAUAGAGUCUUUCUUGAAGGCUAUUAAUCAUAUUGAAAGAGAGUAUUUGGAAAAGAAGGAAGCUGAGAAAAAAGAAACAGAAAGAAGAGAAGCUGAGAAAAAAAAAAGAAAAAGAGAGAAGAAGAGCAUGGGGAAAACAGAAGGUAGGGGAGGAUUAUAACAUGGAAAGUGCUUUUGAUUUGAGAAUUGAUGAUCCUCCAGCACCAACAAAUGGUCAAACUGGAGGAAGCAGAAGUCCUAUGGUAAGUGGUGCUUCUCCUAUGGCAAGUGGAGAUCAAAGGGAAGAAAGUGCUGGUGUUAGGAAAAGUACACUUGACCUAACACUUACCAUAGGUAGAGGAGAGAAAGGUCCUGAAAAAGAAGUGGCAGAAAGUGGUGAAAAGGGAAAGGCAAAGGAGGUGCCUUUUGAAAUGGCAGAACUUGAUGCACCUGGAGAGUCGUCACAUAUGCCUUUUGAAGACAUGUUUGAUGAUGCCACUGACUUUGCCAAUAUAUUUGAAACCAAUGAUGCAACACUUGAUGAUAUUUUGACGAACUCACUUUCAAAGGACUUUCAAUAUCAAGGAUCUAAAGAAGAAGCAGGAAAAGAAAGAGAAGUUUCUGAAAAAUCAAAGGGACCAAAAACAAAACAGGUUGUUGAUGCAAACAAAAGACCACGAAGAGAAGUUACAAAAUUGCCAGCUUGUCUAAAAUCCUCAUUCAUGAUUAAAUAUGUGGAUUUGUUCAAAAAUGUUAGUGCAAUGCAAGCAACUUUAUCUGAUUAUGCAUUCAGUGAAGGUCCUAAUAAUGAAGUACUGUACCAUGAUGGAGAAAAUAGUGUCAACAGGGAAGAAAUGAGGACACUUGGAACAGAUGAAGAGGUCGACAAUGCAGUUAUCGAUGCUUGGGCUCAUAUUCUGAACACCAAAGGCAAAAAAACAUAGCAUUUACUUCUCCACAAUGCCAUACUUGCAGUUGAUUGUGUGCAGAGACAUGGGUAAAAGUGUGAACACCACAAAAGAAGAAAGACAUGAGAAGUUUGCAGAAAGACUGAACUAUGAAAUGACAAAUAGUGGUAUCACCAACAUAAAAAAAUUUAGGGAAUUCUUGUUUCUUGUUCCUGCAUUUAAGCACUUCUACUUGCUAUGUAUCAACAUGUACAAUGGAACAAUUGAUUUGAUUGACAACAGGAAGCUUCCAAUGAAUGUCAAAGCAUCUACCAAAUAUGAAGAUAAUCCUCAAAAAAUGGUUGAUCAAAUAAGGAAGCUUAGAGUGCAAUAUUGUUCAGAAAUCAUAUUAGGCCCCACCAACAAAGAAGGAUACAAAGUGAAAAUGGCAGCAAGAAAAAGAAUGGAAGAGAAUUAAUAUUUAGGUUUAUUGACAUUUCAAGAGACAGUGAUUUUAUGUAAUUUGUUUGAAUUUGAAGUUUGAUGAAGACAAAUGUUGUUUGAAUUUUUAAUUUGGAUUGAGAUUGACAUAAGUAUGUAAUAUUUGUAGUAAAUGUUGACAUUAAACUUGUGCUCAAAUAUUAAA